AUGGAGCUUCUCGGCGCUAUGCUCGAUCCCGAGAUCAAGAGCAUAUCGAGUAUCAAGACCGAAAAUCCAGAAGGGAAUGCAGCGAAACUUCUGCUCGAUGCAAUCCACGAGUACACCGAAGUGACAGGAGCCGACGACGAGAUAACCAUUGUACCCGACUCUCCUGCUAAAAAACAAAAGUCUUCGCUAAUCACGAAGUACAUGACGUGUCCCUGUCCGACCGACAUCGUGUCCGAUGAAGUCGCUCGCCUACACACCGCGGACCUCGAAAAACAGCUCCUGGAAACGGGACUGGGGUUCAGAUUUGCGAAAAAGGGCAAUUUCUGGGAUGUAAAGGAGAACAAAUUCUUUUUAGUCCCCGGAAUACUCUUAGCCGACGACCUAUGUCUGAUGGCAAACAAGAUCGGCCAUAUGAGAGCUCUUCUGGAGAUAACAUCCAAGUUUGGCGACAACCGGUCCAUCAAAUUCAAUCCCCAGAAGAGCGGAGUGAUAGUCUUCUCGCGACCGCCCUCAACACAUACGCACGAUCAGGGCCUCACGAUACACGGGAGGCAGAUCCCAGAAGUAGAAUUCUACAAAUAUCUGGGAAUCGAGUUAUCGGCCGAAAGGGACUACCUAUCACAACACUGGGAUGAGGUAACCAGGACGGCGAACAAGGCAAUCCGACGACUCAACGCGAGAACGUAA